AUGAAGACCAUAAAGGGCCCCGCCCUGUUUCUUGCCCAGUUCGCGGGAGACGAGGCACCGUUUGAUUCCUGGGACUCGAUCACCAAAUGGGCAGCCGAUUGCGGUUACCGCGGCGUUCAGGUUCCGAGCUGGGACGGGCGGCUGAUCGAUCUCGCCAGAGCCGCCAGUUCAAUGACCUACUGCCAGGAACUUGCCGGCACCGCCAGGGAGAACGGUAUCGAGAUCACCGAACUCUCCACCCAUCUUCAAGGGCAACUUGUCGCCGUGCAUCCGGCUUACGAUACUGCCUUUGACGGGUUCGCCGCAGCGGAAGUUCGUGGAAAUCCUGCAGCCCGUCAGGCAUGGGCAGUCGAUCAGGUCAAGCUUGCACUUGCAGCCAGCCGCAAUCUCGGCAUAUCCGCGCACGCCACUUUCUCCGGCGCCCUGGCCUGGCCUUACCUCUAUCCCUGGCCGCAGCGUCCAGCAGGUCUGGUCGAAACGGCCUUUGACGAAUUGGCCAGGCGCUGGCGCCCGAUCCUCGACUAUGCCGACGAAAUGGGCGUCGACGUGUGUUAUGAAAUUCAUCCAGGCGAAGAUCUCCAUGAUGGCAUCACAUUCGAGAUGUUUCUGGAACGCCUGAACGGCCACACGCGCUGCAAGAUGCUCUACGAUCCGUCACACUAUGUGCUUCAAUGCCUGGACUAUCUCGACAAUAUCGACAUCUACAGGGACCGGAUCGGCAUGUUCCACGUCAAGGACGCCGAAUUCAACCCGACCGGUCGACAGGGCGUCUAUGGCGGUUAUCAGUCCUGGGUGAACCGGGCCGGCAGAUUCCGCUCUCUCGGCGACGGUCAAGUCGAUUUUGCCGCUGUUUUUUCCAAAAUGGCCGCGAAUGAUUUCGACGGCUGGGCUGUCGUCGAAUGGGAGUGCUGCCUGAAGCAUCCGGAGGACGGCGCCCGAGAAGGUGCGCAAUUUGUCCGCGAUCACAUCAUCCGUGUCACCGAAAAGGCGUUUGACGACUUUGCCGACGGUGGUUCUGAUGACGCAGCCAAUCGGAAAAUGCUGGGGCUCGACCGGGAUUGA